AUGGAGAAUUGGGAAAAUCUUUGUGGUGAGAACAACUGGGAGGGGCUGUUGGAACCAUUGGACGAUAAUCUUCGUCGUCUCAUCAUCCACUAUGGAGAAAUGGUUGAGGCAACCUACACUGCUUACGACUCAGAUGAAAACUCAACGACCGGCUGCAAGUACAAUAAAGAAAACCUCUUCUCUGAGGUCGGCCUAGGAAAAGGUUUUGCGAAGAAAGAGUACACCAUAACACAUUUCAUCUACGCGACAGCCUCAUUCACACCUUUCGACAAGGACACCAACUGGAUGGGGUAUAUCGCAGUUGCCACAGAUGAAAGGAAAAAUGAGCUUGGGAGGAGGGACAUUGUGGUUGCUUGGAGAGGGACAAAGGAGUUGUCAGAGUGGAGUAAAAAUAUGUUGGCUUUGAAGAAACCUGCUUCCAAAAUUUUUGGUCAACAUAGGAGGUCCAUAUGGGAUUCUACGAAAUAUACACAACCCGAGAAUAAGAAAUCAAGGAUGUGUAAGAAGAGUGCGAGGGACCAGGUUCUUGAAGAGGUUGGAAGACUGUUAAAGAAGUAUAAGAAUGAGACAGUUAGGGUGAUUGUGACUGGACAUAGCCUUGGAGGUGCCCUUACAAUCCUAAACGCAGUUGAUAUCGCAAUAAAUGUUUCCCCACAACCACAUGUGACAGCCUUUCCAUUUGCAUGUCCCCAAGUCGGUGGCUCUGAACUUAGGGAUUUCGUUGACAAAUAUAAGGCAAACUUUCACAUCUUACGGAUAGAGAAUAAACCCGACUAUGUCCCCGACCUCCUUCGGAUAGAUAAUGUAUUAGAAAAAUUAUUUCACGAGGUAAAGGAUAAAAUAUAUGACGGCAUUGACUGGAUCAAGAAUUUAAUCAACCUAAAACCCCACCUCCCAAAACACAUUGGUUUUUAUAAGGAUGUCGGAGAAGUGCUAUUAGUGGACACGGAUAAAUCAAAUGACCUAAAAGAAGUGGGAUUAAUAAACUACGUACGAAUGACUCAUGAUAUGGAGAUCUAUCUUCAUGGUGUUUCCGGAACACUUGGAGGAGCAAACGCUGGUUUUAAAAAGGUGGAGAGGGACAUUGCGUUGGUGAACAAGCAUGGUGACUAUCUCGAGGAUUCGCAUGACAUCCCGACCUCUUGGUGGGAUAAGCCCGACAAGGCCAAGAUGAAUUUAUUGAUUUUCCAUUUAGAUAAUAGUUUGGAGUACCUAGGCGAGGAGUUCAAUCAGUUUAUCAAGGAAGAAUGGAUGACACAAGAAGAAGUUAGGAAUGGUGCUCCUCCAAAACUCGACAACCUGAAGGUAUUUGGGUGUGUGGUUUACAUGCACCAACAGGAUGAAAAGCUUGACCCGAGAGUGAAGAAGUAUAAGGUACAAGAUUCAGAGUCGAGAUCGUUUAGAGAAGCGAUGGAGAUCAAGGAGAGAACCGAAUGGAAGCGUUCUAUGGCAGAGGAGAUUCCAUCACUUGACAAAAACAAGAUGUGGGAAGUGGUAGACAAAAUCAAGAAUUAG